AUAGUGCAGCUGUUGUACGGGGUUUGAGGUUGGGGUGGUUGCCAGUCUGGGUGAGAUGAAUUUAGUUUGUUUUAGCUGAAUGGUUGUAUGUCUAUGAUAAGGUAACAGGCUUGACAAAGAGCCGUGAGUUGUUGGCGGGCGUCCUUAUGACGUUUCAGCUGCAAAUGUAGGGUGCUUCUCAGUAUUGUUUUGGAUAGGUAACAUCUUGCUGCACCCUACAAACAACUCGCCAAAAUGAAUCCUGUGGGUGUAGGGGAUGACCAGCCAACUGUAAGUGCUGGAAUGGCAAAAGUGCGUUUUGUCAACUUCAACCAAGACUACAGCUCGCUAGCAGUGGGGACCCACAUUGGGUACAGGCUGUUCACUAUCAAUAGCAUUGACAAGAUUGAACAAAUCUAUGAAGUUGAGAUCGGUGACGUGCUGAUCGUGGAGCGGCUCUUCUCUAGCAGCCUGGUGACCUUGGUGACCCAGGCGCUGCCGCGCCGGCUCCAGGUGUGCCACUUCAAGAAGGGCACCAAGGUCUGCGAGUACGACUACACCAACACCAUCGUCGCCGUUCGGCUAAACAGGGCGCGUCUGGUGGUGUGCCUGGAGGAGUCGCUGUACAUCCACAACAUCCGCGACAUGAAGCUGAUCCACACCAUCCGCGACACGCCGGCCAACCCGCGCGGCGUCUGCGCGCUCAGCGUCAACAGCGACUACUGCUACCUGGCCUACCCGGGCAGCGCCAGCAUCGGCGAGCUGCAGGUGUUCGACGCCCUCAACCUGCAAGCCAAGACGAUGCUGCCGGCGCACGACUCGCCGGUGGCGGCGGUGGCCUUCAACGCCGGCGGCACGCAGGUGGCCACCGCCUCCGAGAAGGGCACUGUCAUCAGGGUCUUCAACAUCAAGGACGGGUCCAAGGGGUACGAGCUGCGGCGCGGCCUGAAGCGCUGUGCCCAGAUCUCCAGCAUGUGCUUCUCGCCCGACUCGCAGUUCCUGGCUCUCAGCAGCAACACAGAGACCAUCCACGUGUUCAAGCUGUCGGAGACGGUGGCGCAGCCUGUGCCGGCCAAGACGGACGAGAGCGGCUGGAUGGGCUACCUUAGCAAGGCGGUGACGGCGUCAGCCAGCUACCUGCCCUCCCAGGUCACCGAGGUGCUGAACCAGGGUCGAGCGUUCGCCACCGUGCACCUGCCCGUGCCCGGACUCCGCGGCGUCUGCGGUCUCGUCACGAUCAAGAAGCAGUUGAGGCUGCUGGUGGCCGCCGCGGACGGCUACCUUUACGUCUACAACGUGGACACCAACGAGGGUGGUGACUGCAAUCUCAUCAAGCAGCAUAGGCUGGACGGUCGGCUGGAGGGCGAGCUGACGGACCCGGCGCCCGAGGCGGGUCACAGCCCGUCACCGCCGCAGGCGGCACCAG